AUGGCGUCCGAAGCAAGGCUGUACACGAUCACGGACGAUACCAAAGAGAAGCUGCGCAAGUUCCGGCUGGGGACUUCACGAAUCAACGAGCCGCAAGCCGUCAUUUAUUUGAUCGAUAAGCAAACGAAGGAGAUCCGCCAGGACGAAGAUGAGGUCCUGUACAAGACGCUCGAAGACAUCGCCGAUGACCUGCCCGAAAACUCACCACGAUUCGUCCUCCUCAGCUAUCCGAUGAUCACGUCAGAUGGGCGGCAGAAGGUGCCGUACGUCAUGUUCUUCUAUAUGCCCCAAAACUGCAACGCUGCACAGCGCAUGUUGUACGCGGGUGCCAAGGAGCUGAUGCGCAACACGAGCGAGGUAACCAAGAUCGUCGACCUGGAAUCGGCCGAGGAUCUGGAAGAGGUCCCCACGUUACUAGCCGACUGA